AUGAAGAUGAAGACGGUCCGUGGGAACUCCGUGAAAAAAAAGGUGGGAGCGCUAAAGGAAAAACUGAACAGCGUCCAAGUGGAGGACUAUAACGAGCUCAAUUUUGUUGUCAACGAUAACUUUGAAGAAGAAGAAGAAGAAGAAGAAGAAGAAGAAGAAGAAGAAGAAGAAGAAGGGAACAGAAACAAAGACGCGAAGAAGUCCUCGUCGUUCGCAUCUUUUGGCCCGGGCGUUUUAAUCAAGCAGAUGAGCAAGAGAGCAUCCUCAAUCAACCCAGCCUCGGUGUCGAGAGAUUUAGAGGUCAAGAUAUUCGAGUGCGAGAAGCUGUAUAAAAAAUACGAAGCGAAACGGUUGUCGCGAUCGAGAUCGAAGAAAGCCGGGGGCGGGACGGUGGAUCCAGUCGUAUCCGUGCACGUGAAGAAGAAGGAUGGGAGCGAGUACGUUGGAGUGACGAGACCUAUUUUGAAUACGGUGGAUCCUGUGUGGAACGCCGGAGAGGGCGAGUCGUUCUCAUUUCCAAUAUUCAGCGAACAAGUAGAAGAGGAAGAAGAGAGGAGAGGGAUGUUUGCCUCGUUUUCACCGAAAAAAAAGAAGAAAAUUUUGAAGAAGACGAAAGGAAAGGAUAUAGACGACGGUGGUAAAAGCGAGGAAAACGGUGCUGCUCCCAAGGUGGAGAGUGGGAGCGAUGAUGAUAAUGAUGGUUCUUGGUGUUCGAAGGAAAUUGUCUUUAAGAUUUGGGAUUUGAAAGGCCCGUCUGAAAUUGAUUCUAAGAAAUCGCUCAUUGGGACGUGUGCGGUACCCAUCGAGCUGUGCCCGCUCGAUGGACAUUGGAGAGAAAUCACUUUGGAAGUGGAGCCAGCCGGGUCGCUCGACUCUUUACGAUCGCGCGAAGGUUUGACCCAAAACGCGAAGAAAAAAGAGUUGAAAAAAAUGAUGUCCAAAAAACGGAUGGAGAAAAACAAAGAAGGCGGUGGCGAAGGUACUCUGAAGAUGGCGUUUAGACGGCCGCCAAAACUGUUGCCAGCGCUCGGUGUGAAUGGAAACUGGCACGCUUUGCAAGUGAACGAGGGGAGCGAAGAUCCGUUGGAGCCUUGGAUCGCAGGUCGGUCGGCGGCAAGACACGGCGCGACAUCGUCUACAUUCGUUGAGAGGAAACAAGAUCAGAAUCUCAGCUUAUCGGCGAAAGAAAGAAAACUCGACGAGCGAUUGAAGAAAAGUUUUAAAUCGUUCACCCCGGCCGAACGAAGUGCGAUGCAAAACGAGAGACGAGGUCGAUACUACGUUCACGUUAUGGAAGCUUCGAACAUUACGCCAAUGGAUGGAUGGUCGGGAUCUGAUGCGUACGUUAAAAUUGGAGGUGAUUCUAUGCCGGCCAAAGAGAGAUACAAAACGAAAGUUAAAAAUGACACGUGCUUUCCUCGUUGGGACGAGAGGUAUCUCGUUGAUCUCACCAGUAAUGAUUCGGCGCUCGUGUUUACCGUGUUCGAUCGCGAUUUUGGGAAUGCGGAUGACUUCUGUGGCGCAUGCGGUAUUCCAUUGGAAUGUUUACCGCAAGAUGGCUCGUACCGAACGUUUAAUUUACCGCUAGGAACGAGAAUCAGUCCACGAAGUGCCGGCGAAGAGGUUGUUUUUGAAGAUUAUGAACGUCGACUGGACGUUGGAUUUUUAAAAGUUUCCGUGGCGAGAAUGAUGGAACCUUUGGAAACGCAAAAUAAAAUUUUAGACGCGUGUGGAGGAUUCGGUUCUAUAACAUUGGAGGAUUCAGGAAAUUUGACAAAGUACGCGCGGAGAUGUCACGUCAGAGUGUUGGCAGGGAGAUAUUUGUUACCGGUUGGAAAUACGAGUAAAGAUUUGUGUGAUCCCAGCGUUACCCUCCAAGUCGAUAACGCGCCAAAGUUUGAGCGCUUUGCAACAUCCGUGGUAUACGAUACAUCCACACCUGUUUGGAACGAAGGUUUAGGAGAAACGUUUACACUUCUCGUUAGACCUGGGGCGAAAGAAUUGAUUUUGUGUUGCGUCGACAGAAACUUUUCCGGACAAGUUGAAAUGGGAAGAGGACACGUCAAUUUAUUAAACGUCGAGGCGAAUGGAGAUUGGACGAGCUCGGAAGUUGCAAUAUAUCGACCAGAUCCGAAAGAUCGAGAAAUGAUGAUUCCAUCAGGUUUAGUUUCUGUUCAGAUAUCUUUCUCGCGUCCUCCGUUUGCGGAAAUUAUGGAACCACCCGUCAUCGACGCGGAUAAAAAGAUGCUCAACGUUCACGAUCCUUCGUUGUAUCUCUACGUUCAAAUUUUACGGAUUCGUAACAUAGCACUUCCAGCGUACCGUAAAUCUACGGACGUGUACGUCAACUUGACGACAAACACAAACUUACUACCAGUCAAGGGUAGAGUGCAGGAAGAUAUCAAGUCUACUGCUGAAUUUGAUACGGAAGUUUUCUCGUUACCGAUGAAUCCAAUGACCACGAGUUUUCGCGUUCGCGUAGUCGCUGAACUAAAGAGCGUAUACUUUGGCGUCGCGCUCGUAAAAGCUUGGAAGCAGUUUCAAAAAUAUCUCUACGGGAAAGAUGGAGCUGAUGAUGGUGGUAUGAGUUUUAUCGAUGAAGACGGGGACGGAGAACUCGACGAUCCAGAUGAAGCGCUCACGAUAAAAGCGGAAGAUUUCUUUGCGUUGAAGAAAUUUUACGUCGGCGGCACCAAAAUCGGUGAAUUUACGGUCAACACCUCCGGUUUAGCUAUUGGUGAAAUGAGAAAGACGUGGGCAAAAUUGGUACCGUUGAAAAAUACCACAGUGUACGGCUUUUUGAAUAAAGCUGGAAAACAACUCGGUCACGCUGAAGUCGCGUACUCCAUCGGCCGUCGAUCGCUUCCACCCGCAGAUUUAGAGAACACUUUUGGAGCGGCUCGUCCGAGAAUUGGGAAUUUAAGCAUUCAAAUCAAAUCUGUUAUCGGCGGUGUCUUAAAUUCGGGGAACCCAGUCAAGGAUAUGCACUACAAACAGAAUGUACUCAAGAAUGCGAAUGAAAAAGAUGAAGGCUUACUUGGAACGCACAUCUCGUGCGCAGUCAUUUUGGAGAGCUUCGAAGAAAACUUCCGGACGGCCUUCGAGUCUGCCACCUUUCCUGUCACCGAAAUCAUGGGUGAAAUUCGCGUCGUUUUGUUCGCGAGAGAUCCCGUGACGACUGCAUUUACCAAGCCGGUUGGCGUCGCGUGCGUCCCGCUCUCAAAUAUUUUGGCGAGUGAAAAUCACGAACUCGACGUGUGGGCUAACGUCAUCCCAACGGACGAAGAUGGUCUCUCUGCACAAGAUUUAGUCGAUGUGGAACGUGAAAUGUUCAUGCGCGAGAGGAACAAGAAAACAGCGACGAAGAAAUGGCAAGGAUAUUGCCGCAUCGUGUUGAAAUUUACUCCGAUGAUAAAGAAGAGUUCUUGGUAUUUGCGUCAAAUGCCGUUGGAAAGACCGAAAGAAAAACCAGAGGAUACAGUAAUUGGCAUCAUAAAUGCUUUAUCUCGAUUAACUAUUGCCAUUCUCGGCUUUCCACACAUUGUCAUGCAAUCGUUCGCGUGGUUAUCUCUUUGGCCGUUGAGAGAAACCUUCGCGUUGAGGUUGUAUUUUGCAUUUUUUUACACCGUGUUGUGCUUUUAUCUUAGAGGAGAUAUUUUGGGUGCAUUUUUACCCCUCUUGUGCGUUGUGGGUCUUUUAUUCCUCGGUUACACGUCGCGAAUUGUGGAGGAUAAAGACGACGCGCCAGUAUCGUGCUUUGGAAUUAAUGAGGACGGUUCAGAGAAGGAAAUCUUACGAGCGCAGGUCAUCGACGAGUUUGCGAAGACGAAAGCGAUUGAAAAAGAAAUCGACGAAGAGAUUGAGGAUUUGUACGAAUAUUCGAGAUUAGUACACAUGGGGAAAUCACACAAAGAAGCGUCGAGAGUCGUCGGGAAUAAAGCCGCAAAAAGAAUCAAGGCUGACCGUGAAAACGCCGAGCUCUCCGGUAACAAUCCGGUCCAGAAAUUACGAAACGUGAUAAAAUCGCUUUCGUCGAAAUCGAAUCCAAUGGACGCCGUUUUGAAAAUCGUCAAAAAAUUGUUGGCGUUUUGCAUAAACGUGGUGAAGACAAUCACUAAAACGGCAAUGUCGCUCGAUCAAGUUCAGGCGCCGAAAAUUUUAUCCGGUCCGUGUUUGGCGGUUAUCGUGCCUUUGGAUUUAAUUUCGCAGCCUUUGGAGAGAAUUAUUGGCGUUUUCGAUUGGAGAGAUGAUAAUUUGUCGCAUUAUUCGGCAAUAUUGAUGAUAUCGAUUGCGAUUAUUUGCGGCAUUGCGUUGAAAAUCGCGCUUGAGAUCCGAUACUACAUGGAUUUAUACUCACCAGUGCGAUUGUGGUUCUUCGUCUGGUUUUUCGGCGUUGUCUUUUUAAUCCCGCAAGUCUCUAAAGCGUGUUUGUUCCCAAUCGUCGUCUUGUACGAACAUUCAAUUCAGUACAACAUCUCCGCGAGUGGUAUUCAUGUCCCGGCGGUGUGUUUGCGUUCAAUUCAAGAGGUUGAUAAGUUGACAAAGGGCAGAGUCGCGAAAUUAUUCGAAGGGACCGCUGAAGAACGCGAGAAAGCUCGAGACGACCUUUUCCAAAACAGGAAGAAAAAAUACUUGGCGGCGAAAGCGGCGGAACUCAAGAAGAGAAGGAUGAAAUCGACUGCCGCUCUUAAAGGAUUUUCCUCGAAUCCAGCGUCAUUUUUUGGUAUUUUGAUGGGUCGUUCGCUCACGGCGAAGCAAGAGUUGCACCGAUCGAGGCUUGAAAAAUUGUUCGUCAAGAAUCCAAAUGCUCUGGCUGCGGCGGCGAUGAAGACGAAAGAGGGUGGAAUGGAAGAAGAGUUCAUGGAGAAGCCGGACUUUGUGAAGAUAGCGGACAUCAAGAUAAAAUCAACGGCGUCGAAAGGUGCCAUAUUCUUACUAUAUUUGCCGAAGUUGAUUGUCUCAAACGCCGUGGCAAUUCCUCGCCGAAUAAUUUUGUCGCCGAUGGUGAUUUACGCGGCUUUAGAAAAGGUUGUUCCGUCGAAGCAGCAAGUGAAGGCAAACUUCAAAAAGAUGUUUGCCCCCAUGUCCAAAGACGAAAAGAAGGUCAAGGGUAUCGGUAAGGUGAGAAAUCCGCGCAUUUUAAAGAAUGGCGAGGUGAUUACGCAGGACGUUUUGAGAAAACAAGUCGCCGAGCGACGAGCUUCGAGGAAGCGAAUCAAAUCGGAAGCGGCCAAGUCUUUGAAGUCUAACUCUCGAGCUAACUCGAGUAAAUAA